ACGAAAACCUUUUAGAUAUUCUUACUAUUGUUUCUCGUAAUUCUUGUCGAACAUUACGAGAGUAUUGUCUUGAUGAAAUAAUUUUACGUGAUCUGUCAUCAUUCUUUGACGCUGAUUGGUUCCCCUCCUUAGAUGAAUUCGUACUCUUGGCUUUAUUACAACGUGAUGAUCUUGGUUUUAGUGAAACUGUUCUCUGGGAAUAUGUUUUAAAAUGGGGUAUUGCAAACACGCCUGGUCUCGAAAGACGCAUUGAACAAUGGUCACCUGAAGAUUUUACAGCUUUAGAAAGGACCCUACAUAGAUGUAUACCAUAUAUUAGAUUUUUCCAAAUGUCGCAUUCAGAAUUCUAUAAACACGUUCAACCUUUCUCAAAGAUUUUACCUGAAAACCUUUUGAACAACAUAAUGCACUAUCACCAAACGGAUUGUCUCUAUUCAAUAAUGUUACUAACACCAAGAAAUCCAGCAAUACGAAUCAAUUCUUCUGUUAUUAUUAAUCCGAAAUGUGGGUGGCUUUCAUUUAGUCGUGGAUCAAAAGGUUGUUUUAUAUUUUCUCUUGGCACCGAUGCGAAAUAUGGAUACAUUUUAUCUGAUCAGAUAGAUUCUGCUAUAUAUGAUCAUCCAGAAGGUGGGCCAUGUUUCGGCUCUGGACCAGAUCUUUACGUUAGUCUUAAGCGCGAUCAACCUGUGGGGUAUCGUCUGAAUAGAUGUUAUAAAUCAGGUGUCUUCAAUAGGCAAGGCAGUUUUAGAUGGAAGGAUUGGGAAGUAUUUCAAAUUGUUAAGAAUAUAAAUAGUUAA